GGCUAUUUCAGUGAAGAAACUCUCGAGUGGCAGUACGUCGCGUGCAAAGAUGACUCCACAUCACUAAACCGCUCCAAAGGAUUAACCGAAAUUUGUGCGCGAGUGUCUCAUUUUGUCUCAAAAAGAAAAUUCCCCCGAAAAGCCACCAAAAAGUGAAUCAUGAAAGUCAAGUGCCUGUUGGUGUUUCUGGCAUUCGCCAUUGCGUGUGCUGUGGCAGAGAAGAAGACUGAUGACUACGUUCUCACCACACAGAAUGACUGCUACACCUCCAAGAAGUUCUUUACCUGCCUCAAGUAUAGGACAGUUCGCUAUAUUUGGGCAAUUGCCACCGGAAGGAUGAAUCUCUUUGAUCACGAUACAAAUCUCGAAUCAGCCAAUACUGUGCGCCUUGUGCAGCUUUCAGUCCCUGAAAAGGAGGAGCUUUUCUCGGAACCACGACAACUUGCAGGUGAUUCUGAGUAUUUGAAAGCAGUUAAAUUCUUCAAGAGAUCCAUCAAUACAUUCCUCAGUUUCCACGGUAUUGGAUUGGGGAUUGACAAUGAGAAGGGGGCACGAUUAAUUGCCAGUGAGGAUGAUAAUGAGACUUCAGAAGGACGAAGGAUCCGGCGGAAGAAGUUGAAUUUGAUAUUCCCUCUGGCGAUUUUGCUGAAAUUGGCACAUCUCAAAGUCCUCCUCCUGCCAAUUCUCUUGGGUAUUGGUGUAAUUCAGGUCCUUCUCAUCGUAGGAGGGGCUCUCCUCUUUCAUUUCCUGCGAAAUAAUACACUGUGCAAAGUGCAGCCACACCUCGUGCAUUCGCACAGCCACGUGACAGAGACAGGACCAGAGGUCAGCUACAAUUCUUACCAGGGCUACAAUCCCUACGGACCCCCGUACGGUGGGCAUGUGGGUUACAAUAAGGAUUGGGCGACGAAUCGUGCGUACAGCGCCUACAAUAUUGUGCCAGACGUGGAGAAGCAAUAAAUUUCAGGUGUUCCUUUUCCACCUGCAAGAGCCUCUCCUUCGACAUCCAUUAGAUUAAGUAACACGCGAGGAGUCUCGUUUUAUUACACCUCUGCUUUCUCUAUUUAUUUUUUUUAUUCCAUUUUUGUGCAAUUAAGAAACAUUAAUUAAAUUAUAAUCAUUUAUUGUCACGGCUUAACAACCACCUCUAAAGCAAUUUUCCCAACACCCCUUUCGCGCCACAAAUUCAACCUCACACGCCAUCCCCCAAUUCUCAAUUUAUUGUAGCAACAGCAGGACAGACACACACACACAUUCGCAGAUGAAUAUUAGAAGAAUUCAAUAAACAAAUAAAAUUUAUGCUCAAAGUCGUGAGGAAUUUCUAAA